UUUUAUUAUUCUUAUUUAUCUGAAAUAUCCAGUGGAAUAUGGAUCCACCUCAAAAGAUACCAAGGCGACGUCUAAGUCGUACAACGUCGUCUAAAUAUGGUGCUAUUUCAGACGAGAAUAAGAGACACUUAGAAGAGAAUAGUAGUACUAGUCAACAGGAUAUCAAUGGCCAAAGUCAUAGUAGUGGUAGUCAACAGGAGGAGGACACCUCUAGUGACGAGCAAUCGCCUCAUCAUCCUUUAGAACAUGAACUGACGCUAAAGGACAUUCAAGACGCUAUGAACAAGCAGCAUCCGUUCGGUUUACCUCUUUGGAAACCUGCUUUAUACAAAAAGUCUCGUUCAGUUGUUCGAAAAGCAAAUAGCGCUCUUCAUUCAUCUCCGUCUUCCUCUUCCGAACUAUUUUUGAAUCCAGGCAAUUUGCUAUGGCUUCUCCUAUUCGGUUGGUGGUUGGCGCUCAUUAUCUUUAUUGUCUCUGUACCCUUUAUUGUGUUUCAUGAUGCCUAUGGUAUGAUUAUGCGUGAACUCAGCUUAUAUCUCCUUUGGCCAUUUGGACGAUAUGUAGAAAGGCUCAUAGAUAUUACGCCUUCUAUUAUCAAUGAUCUGGAACGAGAACAGACAGAGCAUUCUUUAUUAAUAGACGAUAAUGAUGAAUUUGAGACAGAAAGAGACGGAUUGUUACACGGUCAUAAAAAGAAAAAGAGAUAUAACUGGUUCCAUGCAGUUGCAGAGACGCUCAAGUUGGGUCCUGCCGGUUGUUUGUACUAUAUAGUAUUUUAUACUGUAAUCGGCCCACUCCUAAUGUUGGUAUCGUCUAUCUGUUGGAUGUGUGUGGUGACAGUGCCAAUGGCAAAGCUCAACUAUAUCUUGGCUCGUCAUCUUCGUCGUCAUCCGCUCAGUCUUCGUUUCCGAUCCAAUAAUGUGUCUGUUAGUGCUCAUCACCCGACUGUCAUCCUCUUGUGUACCUAUCAGGCUGUUGGAUGGCAGUACUACAAGUAUACCUAUGAUGGUAUUAACAUCAUGUUUAUCAACUUACUGCCGUUGGUAUUCUUUGUUAUCUUUGACGAAUAUGUCCUGAAGGAACAUUUGCCUGAUUCCUUUAUUACCUCAGCUCCCGUCAUCUUUGGACUAUCCUUGGCGUCUGUUAUUCCUCUUUCAUACUUUAUUGGUAUGGGUGUCAGCUCUAUCUCCGCUCAAAGUAGCAUGGGCUUAGGUGCUGUCAUCAAUGCAACCUUUGGUAGCAUUAUCGAAAUUAUUCUGUACGCUGCUGCCUUAAUGGCCGGAAAAAGCCUACUUGUCGAGGGCUCUUUGAUCGGAAGUAUCCUUGCUGGUGUUUUACUUAUGCCCGGUUGCUCCAUGGUAAGCGGAGCUGUCAAAAGAAAAGAGCAGCGGUUUAAUGCAAAGAGUGCAGGUGUCACGGGAACAAUGCUUAUUAUGGCUAUUAUAGGAGCACUGUCACCAACCUUGUUUUACCAAUUUUUUGGCUCAUUUGAGUUACGUUGUACAGGCUGUCCGGAGGAUGUGGAUAGCCACAAUAUGUCCUUGGCUUGCUCCCAUUGUUACUAUGAUCAGUCUGAUCCUAUGCAUGACCCGGUUUAUCAAAAUAAUGUAAAACCAUUCAUGUACCUCUGUGCGGCCAUUCUACCCUCUGCUUAUAUUAUUGGUCUCUUAUUUAGCUUGCACACGCAUGCAGACAUGGUGUGGAAGAAUGCCACAACUAAACAUAGUGUCCAUGACAUACCCACCCACCAGAAAUUAUAUCCCAUACAUAUCCUUCGCUCACAGCAUUCAGAUAGCCAACAGUAUCAGCACCAAGAGCAGCCUAGUGAAUCAACCUCGACCAACAUUUUGAUUCCAGCCACAAUACAGAAGCAACCCAGUCCACCUUUAGUGACUGUAGUGCCACCAUCAAAUCAGUCAUCUACGCCUAUUGCAUUUAUACAUGCUAAAGAGCCAGAAGAGGAAGAGGAAGAAGAAGCGGCUGCUGGUCAUGAUUCACCCAACUGGGGGAAAGGAAAAAGUUAUACAGUUCUUUUUGGCUGCACUUUACUAUAUUCUAUUAUUGCUGAAGUCUUGGUACAAACGGUAGACCAGGUGAUGGAAAAGAUUGCUAUUGACGAAAAGUUCCUCGGCCUUACAUUGUUUGCACUUGUGCCAAACAUUACUGAGUUCAUGAAUGCUAUUUCUUUUGCUCUUUAUGGAAACAUUGUGCUAAGUAUGGAAAUUGGAUCUGCCUAUGCUUUACAAGUGUGUUUAUUGCAGAUCCCUGCUAUGGUAGCAUUUUCUAUAUGGUACAAUUGGGGAAAAGAAGAAGUUAAACAAUUCACAUUCAAUCUUAUAUUUCCUCGCUGGGAUGUCAUUUCUGUAAUAUUUUCAGUAUUUCUGCUGACUUAUACAUACCAAGAAGGAAAGUCCAACUAUUUUAAAGGAUCUAUCCUCAUCCUCAGCUAUUUCGUACUUGUUGCUGGAUUUUAUUACGUCCCAUAACCUCAUAUUUUCUCCUUGUACAAUAUCUCCUUUUCGUACAUCUUUUUACUUCAUAUAAAUAAUACAGCAAUUUCUCCCUAUUCUAAAUAAAAAAAAUAGCUUUCUGUUAAACACACG